UUUCUCCCUCAGCUGAAAAUCCACGUGCGGGCUGUAGUGGCGAAAGCUAACCAUGAAACGUCCAAAGUUAAGGAAGGCAAGCAAACGUUUGUCCUGCCACAAACGUUACAAAAUACAGAAAAAGAUACGGGAACAUAACAGAAAACUACGGAAAGAGGCUAAGAAGAAGGGCAUAAGUAGAAAGAUAAAGAAGGAUCCCGGGGUUCCCAACAGUGCACCUUUCAAGGAGGAGAUCCUGAGAGAAGCAGAGCAAAGAAAACUGCAGCUCGAAGAAGAGAGAGAGAAAAAUAAGCUUGCAAAGCAAAAAGAGCGAGCAGCCGAGAAGAGAAAGAAGGAGAAAGCAGCUACCGGUGGCGAUGCUGAACCUAAAGCUAAAAAAGCUAAAAAGCAAGAGAGAGUAAAGCCACCAGAGGGGUCUGCCACUGACAAAAGGUUACGUUGCAGUGAACUGAACAAGGUCAUUGAUGCCUCCGAUGUUAUAAUUGAAGUCCUGGACGCCAGAGAUCCACUUGGUUGUCGAUGUCCACAGCUGGAGGAAGCUGUAUUGAGACAUGAGGGAAAGAAAAGGCUUAUGCUUGCGUUGAACAAAAUAGACCUUGUGCCUAAAGAGAAUGUGGAGAAAUGGCUUGAGUAUCUUCAAGCUGAAUUUCCCACCUUCGCCUUCAAAGCAUCGAGACCGCUGCAAGACAGAACAGUGCAACAGAGUAAAAAACGAAGGAAAACCAACGCAGCGGUCGACCACAGCAGGGCGGCGGCGUCUUUCGGCACGGACUCUCUCCUUCAGGCGUUGACCUGUUUGGCCGACGCGCAGGACAGCGAGAAGAUGCUCAAAGUUGGCGUUGUCGGUUUCCCCAAUGUGGGCAAGAGCAGUCUUAUCAACAGCAUGAAGGGGAUGAGAGCGUGUCAUGUUGGAUUACAACGAGGCAUUACCAAAUCUAUACAAGAAGUGCACAUUUCGAAGAAUGUCAAGAUGAUUGACAGCCCGGGGAUUAUUGCGGCUCCGUCUAACCCCGGCGAUGCCAUGGCUUUGCGGAGUCUUCAGGUGGAGGAGAAUCAGGAGAGUACCCUGGAGGCCGUCAGGGCUCUGCUUAAGCAGUGUAACCAGCAACACAUUAUGCUCCAGUACAAUGUUCCAGACUACAGAAAUGCCCUGGAAUUUUUGACGUUUUACGCCAAAAAACGUGGGUUUUUACAGAAGGGGAGUGUUCCGAGCACAGAGCAAGCCGCCGUUGCUUUUUUAAACGACAUGACAGGGCCUAAGCUGAGCUACCACUGCAAACCUCCCGAGCGGCGGGGCCUUCCAUCCUACCUCUCUGAUGACUUGAUAGCUGUCAUGCAGAGCGGUUUGAACAUGGAAAAACUGAGAAUGGCAAAUAAGGAGACUUUAAAAGAUGUAAGGUUUCCAAGUUUGGCAAGCAGCAUUGGUUUUACAUCAAAGGGACCCACCACCGGUCUUCUGAAUGCGAGUGAAAUUCCCGAGGAUAGGCCAUCGGUGAAGGAGCCGGCGAAGGUGGAGGAGGAGGAGGAGGAAGAGGAAGAGGAAGAGGAGGAGGAUGAAGAUGGUGAGGAUGAGGAUGAAGAAGAAGAAAUGGGUGAAGACAAUGAAGAGAUGGAAUCAGAUGAGGAGACUACUGAAGAUUCAAACCCAGUGAAACAGAAAAAGACCACACAAGCGAGUGCACCAAGUGAAAAAGCAAAAGUGAUUGUCCCGCCUGCUCUGAUCAACGUAGACUUGUCAUCUUCUCAACAAAAUGAUGAUGACGCGUAUGAUUUCAACACUGAUUUUGUUUGAAUGUGGCAGUGGCCACAUUGGCUCCUGUCUUGUCACUGUUUGAAAAAGUCAACAGCAGUGCUGAUGUGGAAUCAUUUUUCAUCUCAAGAGUCGAAAGCUCUGGGAUUACUUUAAAUGUGUCUGUCAGUGUCUGACAUCAACUCUUGUACAUAUGAUGAUGGAAAAUAAACUACUUUAAAAAGUA